ACCACGGAAGAAGAGCGGACAACCCGGCGGUAGGAUAACCGAUGCAGGGCAAUGGGUCUCCCUGACUCCUGCUGACCUCUCGAGCUGAUUGGCCCGUCCAGCCAUCUGUCAACAUGCAAGGCUUCUACUCCAAGCUCGACUCCUCCCCCUCCUCGUCCCCGCUGCUGGGGGUGGGUCUGGGUGGAGACGGCGCCCCGGUGCCCCUCAGCCUGGCCGUGGAGACGGAGAAAGCUCAGGCCCUCCUGCAGACGUUCAGCUCUGCCUCCCUGCUGGCCUCGGCCGGACUCGGGAUGUUCUGUGUGGCGGCGGACCACGCCCUCCAGCUGUCCGUCAUCCAGCACCACCUGUGGCUGCGCGCCGCCUUGGACAACGCCACGCACGGAUUGGUGGGGCUGUGGUCGUGGGCGGUUGUUAUUGGACUGAGGAAAAAGAGUGACUUGUACGAGGUGCUGCUGGCGGGGCUUCUGGCGUCCAUCAUAGACCUGGACCACUUCUACAUGGCCGGAUCCCUGUCACUGAAGGCUGCCGUCUCCCUCCCCCAGCGUCCUCCCCUCCACUGCUCCUCCCUCAUCCCCGUCAUCUGCCUCACCCUCCGCUUCCUCAUGUGGGUCGGACGCCUCAAAGACGCCUGGUGCUCCCUGCCCUGGAUGCUCUUCAUCUCCAUGGCCACGCACCACGUCCGGGACGCGGUGCGCCACGGCCUGUGGGUGUGUCCGUUCGGCAACACGGCGCCGCUGCCCUACUGGCUGUACGUCAGCACCACGGCCACCCUUCCUCACCUGUGCUCAGUGCUCAUGUACCUGACGGGAACCAGGGAUGUGAUCUCCACUAAGCACGGGGUGGCUAUCGACGUGUAGGCGCCGACGCACCGGAGACGUCCAGAGCUGGUCUGGUGCGGCUCACGUCUCAGUACAGAUGUUCUCAGCUGUUUAAAAUGACAUUAAAAUACUUGAAUUCACUGGAGGAAACAUUUCCACGGCACUCGGAGAGGAAGUGAGCCGAGGGGAAGAAAAUGUUGAAAGGACUCACGGCUCUGCUCAUGAGGGUUUUCAAGGAUGUAAAAUAGAACACAGCCUUUCCAGCAAAGGAACAUUUGAAUAGGAGUGCCAAUCACUGAGUUCUGUUGUUUUUCUGUUGUGUUACCGUGGAUGUGGAUGAGAGUAGCGCUCAUCCAUACCAGUCUAAGUGUGUGGGACCCUUUACAGCUUCGACAUAUCGUUUCAUCCACACGGUCCUGCUCUCUGCUCCGUCGUACACGAGCCCUUAACACGGACUCCAGGACUUCCACCACUAACACAUCCAUCACUUUUACUGUCACUGUCCAGCCUGACCCUGAGAAGAACACGACCAAAGUCCAGCCACAGGUGUACGAUGAGCCCAGCAGUCCGUCCUGCUGCUGUUCUGCUGUGCAUUGACCCGGUUCCUCUGUCAUCAGACUGAAGCCAAAUGCACAUGUAUAGUUUUUGUAAUGUUUUAUAAAAUCACUGUCACAUUCCACAGACAGACAGAUCACGUCGGGGCAGAACCUGAUCUGUGGCUGUCACACCAGCCUCUACAGCAGACUCUCAUCCUGGAGGAGCCUUACUGUCCACUCAGCGGUCACCUGACCCUGUUGCAGCCUGUUUGUUUCAGUGCCAACUUAACCAGUUACCACCACCGACGUGGAUCAGGAUGUGCUGAUAGCUAUGGUUUAGUUGACAUGGCAGUGGCCCGUUGGAUUCAGAACCAUGCUAAACAACACUCCAGUGGAACCCGUCGCUGGGCUGUGUGCACGGAUCAGCCCACCUUUAAGACACUGUGGUAGAGAUACAGUCUACAGAGAAUACAGUCGAGCCAUAUGUUCAGUUGAAGACAUUUAGAUGGACCGGCUGUGGUCCCAUCAUUCUGCUGCAUUCACUGGACAGCACAGCCGACAUGCGGACACGUCCAGGUAGCUCCUCAGAGGUGGAAGCAGGAUUUCCAGAAGGAUGUGGACUUUAAAAUGAUUAUUUAUUAAAAUGAAUUCCUUGCAUUAAUAUUAUCCUCCACGUACAGAAUAUGUAGAGGCAAAGUCAUCACACUGUUGUAGAUGUAGAGUCAGCACACUGUUCCUCAGUAUUAUUUACAGGCUGUCCUAAAACACACACGUUGUCACGUAGAAUGUGGCUUUUAUGAAUGUGAGCACCAGGCUUUCAGAGUGAAGGGAUGGAGGACUCCUCAGGAGGCUUUUAAAGUCUUUAGACUGAUUUUAAUCCAUGUUGAAACGACCAUCCAUCCAUCCAUUUUCU